CGUGUCAUUCGAAGACCUAAAUCUUACAUCAGACAACAACAAAAAUCGAUAAGCUCUUAUGGCGCCGAUGAAUCUCAGAGAUAUACCGGAGGACUUGGUGCUCGACAUUCUCACUGGGCUUCCAGUGAAGGCGUUGAAGAGAUUCAGGUGCGUAUGCAAAGCUUGGUGUGACCUUUUCGGAAACCCUGAUUUUAUCAACAAACACUGCAUCAAACAAACCAUUCUCAAAAACCAAAGCUUCUUUGUGAAUCAUUACGACGAAACAGACGAAUGUAACUCUGUAAUCUCUAUAUUCGAGAGUGAUGGUGACGAAGUAUUGAAUUUCACAGAAACUAUUCCCAUACCAUUCAGUGAGGUAUUCUUAAAUAACCCAAUAAUCAUAGGUUCCUGUAAUGGCAUAGUUUGCGUGUCUGACGGUGUGGAAAAUAUUGGUUUCUGGAACCCGGCCACUAGAGAGUACAAGCCUCUCCCUCCCCUUAUCCCUUCCAUUGACCCCCCUGUGGUUCCUGUGGACGUGCACUCAAAUUGGAAACUUGGGUUGGGUUUCGAUCAAAGAACUAAGGACUAUAAGAUACUAUCAUUUGUCCUUACUUAUUUUGAGGCAUAUGACGUAGCAGUAGAUGAAGCUCAGUUGUAUUCACUAAAGAACGAUUCUUGGAGAGAGAUUCCUUCAUUCCCGGUGUUUGCUGGUGAUGUUGUACGAGGUAGCAUAUGCUUUAAGGGAGACUGUUACUGGUUAGCUUAUAGGGAUGAUCCUGCAUAUAAUUUUGAAGAUACUCCAUAUAUACUCUCCUUCAAUAUGGCCGAUGAAAAGUUUGAAAAGUUUGAGCUGCCAGAUUUUGGCCUUUCAAUUAAUGAUUACAUUUUAGAACUGGGAAUGUUCAAUGGUACUCUUGCUGUUAUUCUUUACACACGUCCUGGAAGGUUGUUUGAUAUAUGGGUGAUGGAAGAAUAUGGAGUAACAGAGUCUUGGGUUAAGAAAUGGAGUAUUGAAGCCGUUUCAGGACUAGCAACCAUUUCAGGACUUGUGUGGCCCUUGGGAUUUUUGAGAAAUUAUGGUGUGUUUUUCGAAGAUGAUGGGGGGCAGCUGGUAUUGUAUGGCAAGAAUAGUCAUGUGUUCAAAAAUCUUCGACUCUGUGGGCGUAAAAAUGAGCUACAGGUUGUAAAGUAUGUGGAAAGUCUAAUUCCAAUAGAUGGUAGACAAUAGUACGAUGAUCUUAUUAAAGCUUUAUUUGUAUAAACUUUUGUUACUUUUAGUGUAGAGGAAUAUUAUGGUCUGUUAUUUAUCAAGUUGCUGCUUUUGAGUAGGCUCGUAUGGGAAUGGUGCUUGGGUUUUUGUUUGAUUCAUGGGUUUUUUGUUGAUCUUUCUGUGUGUGGGUGCCUUGGAUGUCUGCUGUUAUCUGCAGAACAGUUCUGUUUCUCCUUUGCUGGUGCGUUGCUUUCCUUUGCACGAUUGCUGAUGCUGUUUUGGGCCGAGAUCCCCUUGUUGUUGUUGGGAGGGUCAUCUCUCUUCCAUGGGGUUUCUUUUGACGCAUUUGGAUUGGCGUUCUGUUUAAGAGAGAUGGUGGAUUUUCUGCGUUGGUUGGGUUUGUAGAUUGGUUUUCGUGUGCACAUCUGUUGUUGUCUUGGUGUUCCCUUGACUGUUACUUGAUAGUCCUUGUAUAGCAUUCUCCUUUGGGGGUUUCCUCUCUAAAUGCCCUUAGCUUGUACACUCAUCUCUAAUUAUCUCAAUGAAAUAGAUGGUUAGCAUGAAUUAGACGAGUUUUCCGGUUAAAA